AUGACCGAAUUUCUAAGACGGGCGUACUUGUAUCUUCAGGUAAUUGCCCACGUGCGCGAUGUUGUCGAAUUUUUGUUAAGCCCGAGGGCUCCAUUACGGGCUAUGCAAUCACUUCAAGAUGUAGCGUCCCACAUUAAUAGACAUAUUUGUAGUCUUGAGGAGGCAAUGAUUUAUGAGUGGAGUGUUAUAUUUUGGUCGGAGGUCCCAUCCGUUGGGGGUAGUGUAGGAGCUGUAGCGGCUGUUGGCGUGGUAUCAUUCCAGUAUUUAGUGAGGUUAUCUCUCUUUGAUAAACCCUUUCGCUUGUCCAUUGUUGCUAACGUCAUUCAGCCUUUAUCUAUUGUAUUCAACAAUUUAGUAGAGUUUCUGCGAGGUGGGCAUCCCCAGCACUAUAUGAAAGCCCUUGUGCGCUUCAGCCUGUGUUUAACAUCCAUUCCUGUAUGGCUAGAAACUGGCCAUGCCGAGAAAACUAAUAGGAUAGAUCAAAAGUACUUCAGCGACUCCUUGACAACUGGCGCUAAAGCAGCGCAUUUCUGUGAAGCGGACCUUCGACACCGCGAUAAUGUCCUUAUUUGCGGUCAAUUAGCAUUCCUGUUUUCGGCGGUUCAUACAGUCACGGGACUACUCUAUACGUAUUUUACUAUGGAUUACCACGGCCGGGCCAGACUCUCUUGGGCGCAGCCUCAGCGGUCUAAACGCUCUUGGGUAAUACAACUUUCCUUGCCAAGAGGAAUCCCUGACCUCGUUGGUUUCAACCUCCCUAAUUCGCGGCGACCUAUUAAUCACCAACCACAGAAUGCGACCAUCAUCAAACCUACACUUCGCUGCUCUUCCUUUUUGAAGCUUCUUUUCCAGAAUAUUUCUCGUGUGCCUCCUAACCACUGCGCUAUCACGAAUUUUGCCAUGUCUUUCAGCUUCGGAGACAUAGGGGGAAGGCCCGAUUCGCUGCGUAGCUCAGCGUAUAACCUUAUCGUAUUAAGCGGCGCUUUAGCUGCGUCGAGCAGACUCCAACGCGCUCCAUCCCAUUGGAAUACAAAAGUAGCCAUGAAUCGAGCCAGCUAG